AACGCUUUGAUGAACAUUAUUAAUUAAUUUUACCAUUUAAUUGCUAAACAGCAUACACAUAAUUAGGAAACCAGAAACAACUACUUGCCAAAUGAAUGAAGUAAAUAAUAGAAUUGAACGGGUAUAUCUCUUCCUAUUUUUAACCUUACAAUGAAAAUUUCGAAUACCUGCCACACAAAAUAAAUAAAUAAAUAAAAACAGAUUUACUUAAUCCUUGUCUCUAUAAAUGGAACGUUCUUGCCUGCAUAUAUAAUUCAUCCACCAUUACGAUUAACUUGAUCAAACAGUUGUAAUAAGUAACUCCAAUAAAAUGGAAAGGAUCUGCACAUUCACUGCCAUCAUUGCCUCGGCUCUUUGCUUCUCCUCCUUCCUCAAUUUCGCCUUGGCUUCCACCGGCUUAUAUGUUGAAGGCAGAGUCUACUGUGACACUUGCCGGGUCGAGUUCGAGACCAAGAUAAGCGAGUUGAUUUCAGGUGCUACGGUGAAGCUGGAGUGCAAGAACCGUGAAAACAGCACAUUGACAUAUGCGGUGGAGGGUGUGACUGAUGUGAAAGGUGUUUACAGGCUACCCGUGGAGGGUGAUCAUGAGGAAGAUAUCUGUGAGGUGAGGUUGAUCAAGAGCGGAAUGGCAGACUGCACUGAGCCAUUCAAGAGUGCAGAUCGUGCCAGAAUCCUCCUCACCAAGAACGUUGGGGUCGUGCAGCCGAACCGCUAUGCUAAUCCUCUUGGGUUCAUGAAGAAGGAAGCUUACCCUGAAUGUCGAAAUGUUCUCAAGGAUAUGGGCUUCGUUCCUCUUGAUGUUGAAGUUUAAACGAUGAAUUGAGUUAUUGGGCAUAUAUAACAACCUGCCAUACUAUCUACCAUUUUAGAUCUCUCUAAUUUUUGUUUUUUUAAUUGCGUAAUUUAAUUACUUUCAGUGUUCAAUAUUAGUGCAGGAAAUUACUGGAUUUUAAUUUAAUAUA